CCGGACGGGGAUUAGCGGCGGACCACGAGGUGGACAUGGAGACGCUAGCGGCUGAGUUCGGGGAUUUGGAUCCGGAGUCGCUGGCGGCACCGGUCCGGGAGGUGGAGGAAAAAUGGAAGCUGCUUCCUGCAUUUCUGAAGGUAGCAGAGUUUUUCCUCAUUUGCAUGUUUUGGUCAAAGGCCUGGUGAAGCAGCACAUUGACUCGUUCAACUACUUCAUAAAUGUUGAGAUUAAGAAGAUUAUGAAAGCCAACGAGAAGGUGACCAGUGAUGCUGAUCCAAUGUGGUAUUUAAAAUACCUGAAUAUUUAUAUUGGAGUGCCAGAUGUUGAAGAAAGUUUCAACGUAACCAGGCCUGUUGCUCCACAUGAGUGUCGCCUGAGAGAUAUGACAUACUCUGCCCCAAUUACAGUGGACAUUGAAUACACUAGAGGAAGCCAGCGAAUAAUACGCAAUGCAUUACCCAUUGGCAGGAUGCCUAUAAUGCUGCGUAGCUCUAAUUGUGUGCUUACUGGGAAGACUCCUGCAGAAUUUGCAAAACUGAAUGAAUGUCCUCUGGACCCGGGUGGCUAUUUCAUUGUUAAAGGUGUUGAAAAAGUAAUUCUUAUCCAGGAACAACUUUCAAAAAACAGAAUAAUUGUGGAUGCAGACAGAAAAGGAACUGUUGGCGCCUCUGUGACCAGCUCUACUCAUGAGAAGAAAAGUAGAACAAACCUAGUUGUGAAGCAAGGCAGGUACUACCUGCGACACAAUACUCUGUCAGAGGACAUCCCUAUUGCAAUAAUAUUUAAGGCAAUGGGUGUAGAGAGCGAUCAAGAGAUUGUACAGAUGAUUGGUACAGAGGACCCAGUGAUGUCUGCCUUUGCUCCAAGCCUGGAAGAGUGUCAGAAAGCUCAAAUCUUCACCCAGAUGCAGGCAUUGAAGUACAUUGGAAACAAAGUGCGCAGGCAGAGAAUGUGGGGAGGACCAAAAAAAACCAAGAUGGAGGAGGCCCGGGAGUUGCUUGCAUCGACCGUACUUACCCACGUGCCGGUCAAAGAAUUCAACUUCCGUGCAAAGUGUAUCUACACAGCUGUCAUGGUGCGGAGGGUGAUUCUAGCCCAAGGGGCUAACAAAGUCGAUGACAGAGAUUAUUAUGGCAACAAGCGACUGGAAUUGGCUGGGCAGCUUCUGUCUCUGCUUUUUGAAGAUUUGUUCAAAAAGUUCAAUUCAGAGCUGAAGAAGAUUGCUGACCAGAUCAUCCCCAAGCAACGAGCGGCCCAGUUUGAUGUUGUGAAGCACAUGCGACAAGAUCAGAUCACUAAUGGCAUGGUCAAUGCCAUCUCAACUGGGAAUUGGUCUCUGAAAAGAUUCAAAAUGGACCGUCAGGGUGUUACUCAGGUGCUGUCUCGUUUGUCUUAUAUUGCUGCCCUGGGUAUGAUGACCAGGAUCUCCUCACAGUUUGAAAAGACCAGAAAAGUGAGUGGGCCCAGAUCUCUUCAGCCGUCACAAUGGGGGAUGUUGUGCCCAUCAGACACUCCUGAAGGAGAGGCUUGCGGUUUGGUGAAGAAUCUGGCUUUGAUGACCCACAUCACAACAGAUAUGGAAGAUGGCCCCAUAAUUAAACUCGCCUUUAACCUUGGUGUUGAAGAUGUAAAUCUGCUUUGUGGGGAAGAACUGUCAUACCCAAAUGUGUUCAUUGUAUUUCUAAAUGGUAACAUCUUGGGUGUAAUACACGACCAUCAGAAACUGGUGAAAACAUUCCGUUUGAUGCGCCGAGCAGGAUAUAUCAAUGAAUUUGUUUCUAUCUCUACAAAUCUGACAGAUCGCUGUGUUUAUAUUUCUUCCGAUGGCGGCAGACUUUGCAGGCCCUACAUUAUUGUGAAGAACAGACAACCAGCAGUCACAAAUAAGCAUAUUGAAGAACUAUCUCAGGGCUACAGGUCCUUUGAAGACUUCCUACACGAAGGAUUAGUGGAAUACCUUGAUGUUAAUGAAGAAAAUGAUUGCUAUAUCGCACUUUAUGAGCACAUGAUCAACAAAUCUACGACCCACUUGGAGAUUGAACCAUUUACACUUCUUGGUGUAUGUGCGGGACUCAUUCCCUACCCUCACCACAAUCAGUCUCCAAGGAACACCUACCAGUGUGCUAUGGGGAAGCAAGCCAUGGGUACAAUAGGCUACAACCAGCGGAAUCGCAUUGACACCCUCAUGUACCUGCUUGCCUACCCUCAGAAACCCAUGGUGAAGACUAAAUCCAUUGAGCUGAUUGACUUUGAAAAGCUCCCAGCAGGACAGAAUGCUACAGUGGCUGUGAUGAGCUACAGUGGUUAUGAUAUUGAAGAUGCUCUUGUCCUAAAUAAGGCUUCUUUGGACAGAGGUUUUGGAAGAUGUCUGGUGUAUAAAAAUGCUAAAUGUACACUUAAACGUUAUACAAAUCAGACUUUCGAUAAAGUCAUGGGUCCAAUGCUUGAUGCAGCUACACGAAAGCCAAUUUGGCGGCAUGAAAUUUUAGAUGCAGAUGGUAUUUGCUCACCAGGUGAGAAAGUGGAAAACAGACAGGUGCUGGUGAACAAAUCAAUGCCGACAGUCACACAGAUUCCGUUAGAGGGAACCGCACAAUCCCAACAGCCACAGUUUCGGGAUGUCCCAAUCACCUACAAAGGAGCAACCGAUUCGUAUAUUGAGAAGGUGAUGAUCUCUUCAAACUCAGAAGACGCAUUUUUAAUUAAAAUUCUGCUAAGACAGACGAGACGUCCUGAGAUUGGUGACAAAUUCAGCAGCCGACAUGGCCAGAAAGGUGUCUGUGGUUUGAUUGUACCUCAGGAAGACAUGCCAUUCUGUGACAGUGGAAUCUGUCCAGAUAUCAUCAUGAAUCCACACGGUUACCCCUCCCGAAUGACAGUUGGUAAGUUGAUUGAACUGUUGGCAGGGAAGGCUGGCAUCCUGGAUGGCAGGUUCCACUAUGGCACUGCCUUUGGUGGAAGCAAAGUAAAGGAUGUUUGUGAGGAUCUUAUACGUUAUGGUUACAAUUAUCUUGGCAAGGACUAUGUAACCUCUGGAAUCACAGGUGAACCAUUGGAAGCAUACAUCUACUUUGGUCCUGUGUACUAUCAGAAGCUGAAGCACAUGGUCCUGGAUAAGAUGCAUGCACGAGCACGAGGCCCCCGGGCUGUCCUCACCAGGCAACCAACUGAAGGACGAUCACGUGAUGGAGGUUUGCGUCUUGGUGAGAUGGAGCGAGAUUGCCUGAUUGGCUAUGGGGCCAGCAUGAUGCUGCUGGAGAGGCUCAUGAUCUCCAGUGAUGCUUUUGAGGUGGACGUCUGUGGACAAUGUGGUCUGCUGGGAUACUCUGGCUGGUGUCAUUACUGCAAGUCGUCAUGUCAUGUCUCCUCUUUGAGGAUCCCAUAUGCCUGUAAACUACUAUUUCAGGAACUGCAGUCCAUGAACAUUGUGCCCAGAUUGAAGCUGGCCAGGUACAAUGAAUGAUCUGCUCUGAAACAUGAGGAAAGUGUUUAAGCUGAAAAGCAAGGGUUCUUCCGGCACAGAGACUUUCUCCUGAGUAUCAACAAGCUGUAGAGGAGUGAUUGAAACCUGCGAUUUUUUUUUUCACGCUCCCUGUUCAGCUCAAGUUGGCAAGGAGAGAAAAUAAUUUGCUUGUGAUUGAUGGGCUGAGACAAUACAGCACAACUGACUGUAGCUGCCUUCAUAAAGGUCUGGCCAGCUCUCGAACUGAGGGAGCAGAGUUAAUGCAGAGCCUUGUGUUUGUUCACCAAACCGCCCGACAUCAGUCACUUAUAACCGUCACAGCUGGGAGUAGCUGAGUUGCAAACACAGACUUGAAGAAGAAUUGGGUUAUUUAAUUUAAUUUUUGAAAGUGUUGGAAGGUGGCUGCUCAUCAUAUUUUAUUCUGUAAGCUGUUAAUACAUCGAUUUAAAAAAAAGUUUUAUUUUGAAAACAAGAUUGUGACCUGAUUUGCUUUCCAGUAAUGUUGAAGCUAUGAAUCUGCUGUCUGUGCUAUUAAAAAGAAAGGAGUUUGAAGGCAGCCUUUCAGCCCUUCGGUGCUGUUGAGCAUGAUAAUGGUGAUCUUCUACCUCAACUUUACCUUCCUGCAUUAUCCCAAAAUUCUUCAAUUUCCUUAGUGACCAAAAAAUUGCACAACCCCUGCGUUGAAAACCAUUUAUACUGAGUAUCUGUGGUCCUCCAAGAUAGAAGAUUGCAGAUGCUUCUGUGGUGACAGCCAGUAAGGACCAUGUAUCAGAUGGCUGUGGGAGACUCCCUUGCUCAUUGUAUGGAAGCUGUCCAGGCUGAGGUGCCCUGACAUUGUUCAGAACUUUAAAAUGCUGACAACUGAGAGAAAGGCAGGAAAGGAAGGAAUGUUCACUUCACAACCUGUCAGGAGCUUAAUCAGCCCACUCACUUUUGCAACAUUUCACACUCUUGUCCGUGGCUAGGAUGAGGACGUGACAACCAGUGGGAUUGAUUAUGGCUGAAGUUAUGAUUAACUUAUUUCCUUGCGUGAUAAAUUAAAUUAUUGGGCCAAUAUACUGGUGAUUUUUGCCUUGAAUGGGUGAAAUAUUGGACCCAUGGAUCUGCAUUGAAAAACUGCUGAUUAAGUUGGUCCAUUUUUAUUAUCUGCAAGGAUCAGAGACUUUUGCAUGUUUACCUUCCCGAGUUAGCCAGACUUUUCGGCUGAUUUAUUGCCUCUUAUAAGCAAGCACGUGGCUCCUCAUGGAUGGAGUGUGUAUAUUUUAUUAUACAAUAAGCUCAUUGCAGUCGGUGAUUUGACACUCUCACCAGUGGUCAGGCCUGAUGACUGUCCCAGCUUCACUAACAUCACUAAAAGCAUUUAUCCACAUCUGAACAGAUGUGAGGGCAGCCACGGACCUGGACCUGAGCUUAUCCUUUCAUCGAGAUCAAAUGCGCUCUUGUCCAUUCCAAAUCCAUAAAAUAGCACGAGCACUCAAAGAUGAAAACAUAAAAUCCAACCAGCAAACCACCACUACUUGUUUGGUCAAGGGAAGGAUAGCUCAUUCUUCCUGACCUGGUCCAGUGUCUGAGAUGGUGAGGGGAGGCCCUGUUCCCUGGCCAGGUGUCGCUUGACCUGAUGGUUUCAUACUACCCUGUUAGAAAUAAAGGAAGUCAAGUUACCCGUUAAUAUUCUAAAUGUCAAUGGAUACAAGCCAUGAUUAUCCAGCCUUUUCUCAUGUGAUAACAUUCUCAUUCCAGGUAUUAGUCUAAUAAACUUUCUCUAAGUUGUUUCUAAUGUGUUUACAUCUUCCUCAGAAACGGUGCACAAUAUUCUCAACG